CUUAAUUUAUACCAGUUAGAAUUGAAUUGAAAUAAUUUAUAAAGCAUUUCAUUGAAUAUAAAGAAAUAUGUGGAAUAAUUUCGCUACCGAAUUUGUGACUGAAUUAUUUUUAGAUGAUAAUGUUUCAACAAUGAACAGACUUAUAGUUGCCACUGCUAAUGUUGUUAAUGAAAAUUUUGAAAAUGUAUCUUGUAUUAAUGACGUGUUUCUUAAAGAACAUAAUCAAAUUUCACCUUUAGCAACGGGAGGAUUCGCCAAAAAUUUGCGCGAAAGUAGACAUUUUUAUGAGAAAAUUGUAAAAAACUUUACAGAUGAUGAAUAUAUUAAAAAGUUUCAAAUGAAUAAAGCUACCGUACAGGCUCUAAUUACCUUUUUGAAAGAAUAUGUAAAGCCCAGUAGUUCAAUUGUUCCAUUUGAUAAAAAGGUUCAUGUAUUUCUAUGGCUUUUAGCAAGUAACUACUCAUUUAAAGAUGCUGGUGAAAAGUUUGGUCUGCAUAAAUCUUCGAUCAGUUAUAUUUUCCAUGAAAUUGCAAACUUAUUAUCAGAACAAAGAUAUCAAUUCAUCAAUUGGCCAUCAUUAGAGGAACAGCAUGUAACUAGGGUAAAAGUUAAUAGCCAAUUUGGUUUUCCGAACUGUGUGGGUUUUAUUGAUGCAUGUAGACUUAAAGUUGGUUCCAAAAGAAAAAUGAAAGAUAAACCAGAAUUUAUUCUUCUUCAAGGUGUUUGUGACGAAACACUUAUGUUUACUGAUAUUCACAUAGGAGAAAUUGGUAAUAUAAGAAAAGGUAAAGUGUUCAAAGAAAGUCAAUUGGCACAUGAGCUUAAGAACUUCUUAGAUUUGGAUAAUCAUAUUCUUGGUGAUUCAGAAUAUAAAUUAAGAAGAAAUUUAUUAACACCAUUUACAAGUGAUGAACUCUUAACAAAUGAAGAAAUUAAGUUUAAUGAAAUACACUGGAAAGCUCACUCAUAUAUCAAUAAAGCUUUUGAAAUUUUAAGGGGUAAAUUUAAGAAGUUAAAUCAUAUAGAUAUAAGCAAACCAGAAGCUAUUAAUACUUUAAUAUAUGCAGCUUGUGUCUUACACAAUUUCAUUCUUCUUCAUGAAGGUAGCCCUAUAAAAGAAGAAGCUGUAUUGAAUGAUGAAGGGAUAACAAUUGAUACUAAUGUUGUAACGACAGCACUUGAAAAGAGACAAUUUUUGUGUAAUUACAUAAAUUAUAUUCAAAAUUCACAAAAUUAACUUUUAAAUAAAUUGUAUUUUAUGAUA